UAGAAUUUGGGUAGCCAUGCUUUUAAUGUUGAUUGUUUGCUGAAAGGGGCCGAAUCAAAAAGCAAAUAUAAUUGUGUCUGGAUUGCAGAGCAAGAAGUGAAAAACAAAUAGAAAAUUUGACAGACAAAUCUGAUCGCCAUGGAUCCAAUGAAAUCAAAUACUGAGAUUAAAGACCUAAAGAAGACUGACGCCAUUGACCAAUGGAAUGGGCCAGACCCGGGCACCAUUACGGUGGCCACACAAACUGAAGAUUUGAAAAUUCGUAGCUUGGAGACCAUACCGCAACCUCGAAAAUUCGCUAGGCCCAAGACAACGUAUCAGCAGCAGCAGAAGUGGCCAGAUAUGAACUUGGAAGUAACCAAUGAGACAGACAAGUGCACAACUCGCAACAAGGCGUGUCAGACUAUUAAAACUGGUGUCAAGCGAUUAUCGUCCGAUUCCCAAAUGGAUAAUCUACGGGCCGUUAUGUAUCAGAGACGUAAAAUGGCCAUAGACAUGGAUCGGGCCCAUUUAGAGAAAAUAAUGGAGACAAUUAAUGCCGAUCCACCGCCCCCCUGGCAUGAGGCCUCACUCCUCUGGCUGGAGGUCGACAAGUUGGAGAAUCGCAUUGAGGAGUUCGACAAAGGCAAGGCUCCGUAACAAGUAACACGAAGAAAGAACCAUAAUCCGUCCAUAGCUAUAUUGUGAUUGUAUAAAUAAUUUACAGCUUUAAUAGUUAAAUAUAUAUAAAUAGUAUGUA